UCUCACUCGAGUCAACAAGUAAUAUCACCAUUUUCACGGGACAUGAUCAUCUACGCUCCUCACCACGGUUUUGUUAACUGUUGAUUAUAACUCUCCUCGGCUAGCCUUACUCACAUUCUCAUCAUUUUGCCAAAACUAGUUCUGCCACGAUCUCUUUCUUUUCUCUCAAAUGAAGAAGAGAAAAUUCCACAAUAUUAAUCUCAAUUAAAUGACACUUCCUCUAGUCAUCAUCAUCGUCAUCGUCAACACUUUCAUUUUCACCACCACCUUUGUACUCGUCGAUGGUCUUGGCUCAGCAUCGACAGCUGCGGUCGUGUAUGGCACCGGCACCGUUUGCGGCAUUGUAGCCGGACAACCAACUCAGAGCAUACAAUGUUAUAACCCCAAAAGCCAACUCCUUUUUAUUUCAGUCCUUCCCAAUGUUUCCUUUCAAGAAAUCUCCGGUGGCCGGAGCUUCUUCUGCGGCCUCAGAGACGGCGGCUUCAGCCUCCACUGCUGGGACACGUCUAACUGCACUACCGCAGUUACUAAUACCCUUCAACCUAAGCGCAUUUAUCAUAGCCAUACUGUCGCGUUGACCUAUCUAGCCAUAGGUGACUCUCAAGUUUGCGCUCUCGAGCUCAACACCGGUAUAGCCAAGUGCUGGAGAGGAGGAGGGUUAUCAAACGACAACGAAAAAGUGUGGAGCGACAGUCCGUUUCCCUCACCUGGGAAAUCAUUGAGGUUCCAAACGAUCUCGUGUGGGAGCGGAUUCACAUGUGGUAUAUUAAAAAACGACAGCAGAGUUGUUUGUUGGGGUUUGGCUAUUGCGGAUGAGAUUCAAAUGGGGUUCGAGAAUUUCUCAAUGUCAAGCUUAGUUGCGGGAGAGUCUCACGCUUGUGGAUUGACUACGGCGGGGUUUUUGGUCUGUAGAGGGAGGAACGGUUCGAGCCAAUUGGACGUGCCUUUAGUUUUUACUAAUUCAGCUUAUGAAUUUUCUGGUCUUGCUUUAGGAUCAGUCUUCACGUGUGGUAUCAAACGACAGAACGGACUAGUCACAUGUUGGGGGGAGCUAAGCCACUCCCUUAACAACGUGAUUAAAAAUGUCUCGUUCGAGCUGAUCGUUUCGGGUUCAGAUUUCGUAUGUGGGUUGACGACUAGUAAUUUAACGAUGUUAUGUUGGUCUGGUGCAGGGCAUUACAGUAGUCUUCCGAUGGGAAUGAUUCUUCCAGGCCCGUGCGUGAAAUCCUAUCAAUGUAGCAAGUGCGGCACGUAUCCGAACUCGGACUUGCUCUGCCAUUAUACAGGGGACGUCAUAUGCAAAGCAUGCCAGGUCGAAAAUCUUCCACUCGCCGUGCCAGUACUGCCACCGAUACUAGCUCCUUCACCACCGUCUGAUCAUGACCAUGACCAUGAUCUUCAGAGUGGUGAUUCUUUCUCAUCAAAGGCUGAGAAGAAACUUUUGUUAACGUUUUUGAUCGUUGGAUCAAUCGGUUCUUCAGUAGGUUUCAGCAGCAUUGUUUAUUGUUUAUGGAGUAAUAGGAUUCUUCGUUCUUACCAGCGCGCGACUAAUAAUGAGGACGAGUCAAGAAAUUCUAUUAGUACUACUGAUCAUAAUGGGCCUAGUACAGCUAAUAAUAUUGUUUCCAUACUAAACAGUACAGGAUCUUCGAAUCCAGAGAUUUUCUCACUUUCGGAGCUUGCAGCUGCCACUAACAACUUCUCAUUAGAGAACAAGAUCGGCGGUGGGAGUUUCGGCGUUGUCCAUAGGGGAAAGCUAUCGGACGGCCGAGAAGUGGCCAUUAAGAGGGGUCAUACUCAUAUUACAUCAUCUCAAACAAUUACUGGUAGCAGUAGUAAGAUGAUGGUCAAGCAGUUUCAGGAGAAAGAAAUCGCUUUCGAUUCGGAACUAGCUUCGUUAUCGCGGCUUAACCACAAGCACUUGGUGUCGUUGGUGGGAUUCUGUCGAGAAAACGACGAGAGGCUCUUAGUUUACGACUACAUGACCAACGGCUCUCUUCACCAUCUCCUCCACGAUGGCAAGUACUGCUCAAACGACAAGAAAAAUGACUGCGUUCUGAUUAUCAAUUCAUGGAGAGCGAGGAUCAAAAUUGCUUUGGACGCAGCCAAGGGAAUCGAAUACCUCCACAACUAUGCGGUUCCACCCGUGAUUCAUAGAGAUAUUAAGUCCUCAAAUAUACUCUUGGAUUCUGACUGGACCGCAAGGGUCUCCGAUUUCGGACUCUCUACGCUGAUGAAACGGGGCCAGCACGACGUCGUUUCGGCCAAGGCGGUCGGAACGGUUGGCUAUAUAGAUCCGGAGUAUUACGUGUUGAAUGUGUUGACGGCUAAGAGCGAUGUGUAUGGACUUGGGGUGGUGAUGUUGGAGCUUUUGACGGGGAAGAAAGCUGUGUUCAAAGAUGGAGAGGAAGGACUGACGAGCGUAGUGGACUACGCGAGGGAGAGGCGGAGGUUGCUUGGAGAAGGUGUGUUGGAUAAGAGGGUGAGGUCGCCGGAGUGGAUCAAUGAGGCGGAGGCUGUUGAGAUUUUGGCUGACACCGCCGUGCGUUGUGUGAAAUUGGAAGGGAACGAUAGGCCUGAUAUUGCUGAGGUUGUUUCUAGCCUGGAGAGAGCAUUUUCUCUUUGUAAUGUCUAGUUAUGUAGCUAAUUCUCUUAAUUAAUCUUAUUCUUGAUUUUUUUUUUCACCUUUAAUUUCAUAAUCGUAGAAUUUUCAAUUCAUUAAAUCUGUACAUGCUUUUUCAUGUUAAUUGUGUCGUAAUUUGUAAUGAUUCGUGGGAGGAAAGGAAAAUGGCAUUAGGGAAACAUUGCAUAUGACCUUAAAAAACAUUGUUGCCUUA